ACUUUAUCCUCUACUUUAAUAUAUUCCUUUUCUUUAAACCCUUAUUUUAUACCUCCUCUCUUUCUCUAUCUUUUAUAUAUAUCUAUAUAUAUAUUUUAGUAAUUUAUUAAUUUUAAAUUAACUAAAGAAAGAAAAGAAUAGAAAGAAUCGACCAAUCACUUGAUUUAUUACUGAAGCAAAAAAAAAAGAAAAAAGGAAAACACACCAACACUAAAGAAGAAGAAGAAGCAAAGUCUAUCUACCAAUGUUUAGAAUCAGACUGUCAAGUUUCCACUCCUGUGGUUACUCAUACGCAAUCCUUUGCUGGGGUCUGUUCACCCUCUACUGUAUAUGGUUCCAGGCAACGCGCCUGUACUCCUACUGGCUCAGACAGCAACGUAUCAAAGGCAUCGACAGACAGCCUUUUGUGAUGCCAGGCACCAGCCUUUACAAAAAAUGCGACUUCCUCGUCAGAAUUCCCUUCGUAACCAACCUUAUUGCUGCCAAGCACAUCGUCGGUGUCUUCAUUCUCUGUGUCGUAAAUGUCCUCUGGUCUUUGUGGGCUCCCUUUGUUUACACUGAUGCUGGCUGGGUUCUGCCCGCCGUUGGUCUUAUGGACCGUCGUCUUGCCUUCAUUGCCAUGGUUAACUGGGAUUUUGCCAUCAUCUUCGGUACUCGCAACAACAUUAUCACCCACAUGUCCGGUCUCACAUAUGAAUCCUUGAUUCCCUUCCAUCGCUGGUUGGGUCGUCUUGGUCUCGCUGAAUAUGUGCUUCACGUUGUCUGGAGAAUUAUUGCCGGUUACCAAAGAACUCACGUCGUUGCUGAUUCUCUUUUCCGUAACACCGAGUACACCACCGGUACCAUCAGUACUCUUGGUUACCUGUUGAUGUACCUUACUUCCUUUGAAUACGUUCGUCGUAACCACUUUGAGGUCUUCUAUUACAGCCAUAUCUUUGGUUUCAUCAUCGGUACCGCCUUUGCCUGCUGGCACGAAACCACCUGUUUCCUUUACUUCAUUCCCUGUAUCAUCUUCUGGCUUCUUGAUCGCGCCGUUCGUUCCUACCGCUCCUGGUUCGUCAAGUCGACCCCUAUCCGCGUCGACGAGACUGUUGCUCAGACUGCUACCCAGGAAGGUAUCCUCCGUGUCUUGUUCGAGCAGAAUGGCUUCAACAACUUUGCCCCUGGUCAGUACGGUUUCUUUGCUAUUGCCAGCAAGGCCAACAAGUGGUGGCAAUUCGCUUUCGCUUCCAACUGGCGUCCCUUCACCAUUUCCGAGAUUUUCCGUGGCAAGAAGUCCGAUGUUGCCUCUACCAACUCCAAGGAAAUUGAAGAACGUGUUAUGUCUGGCGAGAAGAAGAACGAAAAGGGUCACAGUGAGGACAGUCUGUUGAAUUUCGACAUUAACACCCCCGAAGGUGUAUCCCAGCUUGCACAGCUCCGUCGCAGAGCUCCCGGUGUUUCGGCCCCAAAUUCUGAAGAAUCUAUCCUUGCCACUGUACACAUCAAGGGUCUUGGUAACUACACCCGCAGAAUUCUUCGUGCUGCUGCCGCUGGCGACGACUUUGCGGUCAAGGUCGAUGGUCCUUAUGGUACAAAGCUCGAUUACCGUGAUCACAAGGUCAUUGCUUGUUAUGCUCUUGGUAUUGGUGCCACCCCUGCUAUGACUCUCAUCAAGGACUGUGUGGAGCGUCGUGCAGCAGGUGUCAAAACUGUUACAACUGAACACAUCUACUUCAUUUGGUGCGUUCGUGUCUCCGAGGAAUACACUUCUUUUAUGGACAUGCUUGCCUACUGGAACGAGAAAUGCAAGUCUGCAAUUCUCCCCAUUUCUCUCACUGUCUUCAUUCAUGUAACCCGCCAGAAAUCAGGCGAGAACCUUCUGGAAGGUUACCCUGGCUCUGAUGUUUUCUAUGGCACUCGCCCAGACAUCCCUGGUUACAUGCAGAUGAUUGAAGAUGAAGAGAAGCAAAGAGGUCGUGAUCACAGCCAUGUCUAUGUCCACACUUGUGGUACCGAUGACUUUAUGCGUACCGUUUGGAACACAGCCUUGAAGCAUGACUGGGACACUCACCGUGAAACCUUUGACUUUUAGGAAACGUUAUCUCAUUUUGUAUAUUUUAAUCAAAUAUUAUUAUUAUUAUUAUUAUUAUUAUUAUUAUCCAAUUUUAUUUAUUAGAUACUAUUCAUUAACUAGCCCUAUUUUUUUAUUGGCUUAUAUUCCAUUAACAUCAUCAACAAAAACCCACGUGUAAUUUCAAUAAAAAAAUAAUAAUAUAAUAUAUAGUGAAAAAAUAAAUAAAAAUAAAAAUAAAAAUAAAAAUAAAAAGCCGCCUUGCUGU